UGUCGCAUGGCGGCACUUGUGCAAGCAUGCUCUUCACAAUUACACGUAAACAUAAGGGCUUACAAUUAUGCUCAUCUCUAGACUAUUUAAGCCAUCGCUUAUGUCGAGCAGUUCAUCACUCACAACUACAUCGGGGAAAGGUUUCAGUGGGAACCACGAACUUCAGCAGCUCACGGUACACCAUCAUGACAUCAUCACGGAAAGUUUCCCUAUUGGUGACGCUUUUGCUUCUUCUUCAUUAUCCUGACAAUUCAUUUGGCUUUGGUUGGUGGUUUCUGUGGUCUCUGACGACGGGAGUUUCAACAGCGUGCCCGACCAUCACAACUACCUCCAGCUCAGCCUCCCCCAUCAUCAGCCAGUCCGCCAAUGGUUUAGAAAUAUCGCUGGGUAAUCGUGAAAACACCAGCACAAUUGGCAUGGACAACGGAACCAACAUUGCCAACGUAGAGGUAAACUACGCCCGCGAACUACCUUUCAACUAUCUACCUUACUUUUCCACCCUACUGCAACAAGAGGGCCCAAGCGAAUUCAGAACCAUACCGGCCGAACAAUUCUCGCCGAACGUUUGGAUAGAAUCUAUUCUAGAAGCUUAUUUCCGUGCGGCCAACGAUAGUCGCCGUGACAUGCUGGGCGCGCUCAAUGUGCAGCUAGUAGAGUUAGAGACCUAUGCCGAGGAUGUCGCUGCAAUGCUCAACCGCAUAAGGAUCGCUUUCGGUAUCGAACUGAACCAGAGGCUCCUCGCGCUGGACGUGGCAGUGUUGCGUUGUGCGCAAGGGCAAUCAAUAGACGCAGCUGCCAAAAAGGCACUCGAAGGUGACCGUGAUUGCAUAUCGAAUCGGCUCGAACGGGUUCGACAAGCACAACGGGAAGCAGCGUACAAUAUGAGUCGCCUGCUGGUCGAAUGGGAUGAAGGAUAUCUCAGAGACGAGAUAGCACAGUGUUGGGAAAAUCAGAUCGAUGAGGUUAACACAGAUAACGCAUACCAAUUAGCAUGCAUCUCGAGUAUUCUACACGAAGUGCAUCGCAAAACCCUGCUUAUGUCUCACAACGCUCAACAAUUAACGCUGGGAGCAAACGAUGAGUUCGGUACUUCAAAAGCGAAUAUGCUUCAGUGCGCUGAAAACCUUGUAGAGGAAGCUAAGAAAUGUCUGGAAGACAUAUCCAUCAUUACUUCCGAAUGUCAAACGCAUGUACAACAAGUUGUUGUAAAAGUCAUUUAUCUAUGACACGCGAUCAUUCGC